CAGAGUUCCAAGCUGCGGGCUUCGGGCUUGUGCUCUGCGAGGGCUGGAGGGCGAAGUCGAGUAGCGGAAGAUGGCGAAGCCUCGUAGCGACACGUCUGGGAAGGAGCCGUGGCGAGGCUGCCAUUACCGGCUCGAGGAGAUCCAGAAGCACAACACUAGCCAGAGUACUUGGAUCAUCCUGCACCGCCGCGUGUAUGACCUCACCAAGUUCCUGGAGGAGCACCCUGGUGGUGAAGAAGUCCUAAGGGAACAAGCGGGCGGAGAUGCUACAGAAAACUUUGAAGAUGUCGGCCAUUCCACAGAUGCUAGAGAAUUGUCGGACACAUUUAUUAUAGGGGAACUUCAUCCAGAUGACUGGGACAAAAUUGAGAAACCAACAGAUUCUUAUGUUUCUAGUGUUGAUUCUAAUAACAGUUCAUGGACCAGCUGGAUAAUUGCAUUAACAGCAGCAGUUAUUGCAGUCUUCAUAUAUCGUUUCUACAUGUCUGAGUAAGCACCAUAUUGAGAAGCAAUAAUGGAAGAGACUGUUUUGGUAAAGAGAAUGAAGAAUGCAUCUUAAGAUUCUUCAUAUCAGGACAAUAUCUGAAACCAUCCAUCCUUUCAACCCCAGAAAGCCAAACUAAAGUUUCUUCAGCAGUGCAUUUUUAAUUAUGCCUUUUACUUAGCUUUUAAAAGUAGGGGAUGUCUCUAUCAUUGUUAAUUUGUUAACCAUGUGAGAUUAUUAUGCUAUUGGAAUUGAGAACACUGAUACUAUCUGUGUAUUCUUAUAAAAUGUGACUUAAUUACUUAAAGCUUUUUGACACCCCCCCUCCGUUGUGCUUCUUUUGUCAAAAUAAAUGGCAGGUUGUAUCUAAAGACUCCUUCCUUUUGCUUUUUUAUCUGUCAUUCUUUCAUUACAUCUGUUUUCCUUUUAGAUAGAUUCCCAUUGUUGAAGGCAUAACUUCUGUCUUUUCUCCUAAAGGAGAAUGCCAGCUAGCACGGGAAUGCUUAUACUCUUAAACCCACUAGCUUGGACCAAAACAGCCUGCUGCAUGAGCAGAAGGCAGUUACAGUGCUUUCCCCCCACCCCCUCCAAUCACCCUCUGAAAAUGGCUCUAGAAACGGCCUACACACAAGUGAAGGUGCCCUCAGUUCCCACAACAACAUCGUUGGAUCCAAGCUUCUCACCUCUAAUAGGGCAUUAUGUUUACAAUUGUCUCUGGGCUGAAAAUUCAGUAUAUAAGGUCUUACUAGUCAUGAGGGAAAAAACUUUUCUCUGUUCAUUGUACAAAAGAGAAAGCUAGGUCUUAGACUUUUGCUACCUGGGUAAAUUGCAUAAACGGGGUGGUGCUAUUUUAAUCAGAAUCUCAACUGUCAUAAAAUUAGCCUUCCUAUGUGAUCUCAGAUUCCUGUAAAAUCUGCCUUGAACACCACAAAUAAAUGAAUGUAUCAAAUCUGCUCACAUGUCCUUUUGAUGAAAUAAUGGGAAAAUGAAAGAAAAUAGGUAGUUAACAUCACAUGUCUGUUUUAUAUAACUCUGCUUGCCUGUACAUAUGAUUUUACUAGCUAAUUCUUGUAUUCACAUGGACAAUAUUCAAGAAUAAACUCAGAUGUUUACUGUA